AUGAGGCUUUACUUGCUUGACCUCAAAGCCCUCACCGACACCAAGCAGUCCAUCAAGCACAACAAGAGCCUCCUACCCACCACCCACAAGAGCCCUCCUCAGCCCCUGCUGCUGCUCAAGCAGAUUGCCGCGGACACCAGACUCAAGAGGGCCCGGAAGGCCACCCUCCAGCACUCCAAAACUGCCCUCCAUUGGCUCUGGUGGGCAUGGAUUGUCUACGCCAUUGACACUCUUGUCUCUGCCUACGAUCUGCUUGAGCUCAAGUACUGCGGAUGCUCAUCAAAUCCACAAGCGCCCUGCUCAACUUCAGAGCCGCGUACUGCCAUGCCCUCCAGUCCCUCUCCAAAUCAGCCACUCCCCCCUGAAAAUACCACCAUCAGGAUAUCUGGGGCAGGUCCUGCUUCCGCCAAUCUUGUACCCUUCAGCCGGAUCAUCAUCUCACAAUAA